AUGAGACCACCGCUGCUGCUGCUGCUGCUGCUGCUGCUUGUCCCAUGGGUGCCGCGGCUCCUGGGAACCCUGGCUGAGGGCGAGGGCUGCAACCAGACAGCACGGGCAGGGUUGGAGGGACAGGAUGCACGCAGUGAUAGAGGGACCCUCCUGAACCUCAGCGUGAGUGACCAUGGCCGGUCGGACUCCCUCCUUCUGUCCUGGGAUGAGCCAGAGGGGGGUGCUGAGGGAUAUUCGCUCGCCCUCUCCUCCCUGGGGUCAGGCACACCACUGCAGAAUGGAUCUGCUGGACCCAACAUUACCAGCUUCUGGUUCCACGGGCUGACCCCUGGCACGCGCUAUGAGAUUGAGGUGACAGCCAUGCUUGCCUGCACGGAGACCACCAGCCAGACAGUCACAGCACAGACAAGUCCUUCACCUGUCCGCAACCUGAGCCUGAGCAGCAGCGGGAGCUCUGCCAUGCUGCAUGCCUCCUGGGCGCACGCCCACGGCCAGCGGGAGGGCUACCACCUUGCCCUCUACCACAGCGACUCCCAGACGCUUGUGAGAAAUGCGUCCAUCCUGCCAAACGCCUCCACGUUCCUGUUUGACGGGUUGCUGGCUGGCAGCGAGUACGCCUUGAAGGUCAGCACGCUGGCUGGAUCCAGCCUGGCAAGCACAAGUAUCCACCAGUGGACAGCUCCCACCAUCCCCACCCAGCUGAGGCUCAGCCCGGGCUCCAGCACCAGCCUCAUCGCCUCCUGGAUGGGUGCUGCGGGGGCCGCCUGGCUGCACCUUGCACUCCACAACCUCCUCACCCAGACGGUGACCACGACCCUGUCAGCCAGGAGGGGCCUCACCAGCUACACCUUCCAGCAUCUCCACCCCGGCACCCAGUACUGGCUGGGGCUCAGUGCCACAGCUGGGCCCUACACCGUGGUAGGGCCCAAUGCCACUGCUUGGACAUACCCCCUGAGCCCUGGCAAUGUGACCCUGAGCAAUGCAGAGGAGCAGAGCUCCUUGCAGGCUCUCUGGAGCGCCCCAGCGGGAGAGAGAGACUUCUACCUGGUGACACUGCAGGAGGGAGAGGAUGGUGCUCCAACAAGGAACAUUUCCGUCGGCGGAGACAACAGUCAUGUCACCUUCCAUGGGCUGAGCCCUGGGAAGCAAUACUCUGUCCAGGUGACGGCGGUGGCUGGGCCUUACCAGGCAUCAGCCCGCAGUGCAGCAGCCUGGACACAGCCGCUAGCACCAUCUGGUGUGAGUCUGUCCAGCCAGGGGAGCCCCUACAGCCUACUAGCCAGCUGGGAGGAGGCAAUGGGAGAAGGCUAUGUGCUGGCCCUCAGCCCCAUGGAGCACCCCGUGAAGAACAGCUCAUUGCUCAAAGGUGUCACCAACUUCACCUACAAGGGCCUCCGCCCUGGGACCCUUUACACCUUUGAGGUCAGCACUGUGGCUGGCCCCUACACAUCCUCACCCCGGCGCAUCACCAACUGGACAUAUCCUUUGCCCCCGGAGCAGCUGACCCUCAGCAAUCAGGGCCACAGCACCUCUCUGCAAGCCUCCUGGAGAGCAGCUCCCGCUGGUAGUACUGGCUACACAGGCACCCUCUGGGAAACCAAGUCCCAGGAGCGGGUCAGGAACAUGACUGUGGGGACCAACUGGAUGAAUGUCACCUUUGAGGACCUGGUCCCUGGGCGACAGUAUACACUGGAGAUGGCUGCUAUGGCUGGACCUUACAGAUCCCUUGUGCGAUCAGCCACAGACUGGACGUGCCCCCUGGCUCCAGCUGGCGUGACCCUGACCAACACCCGACGCCCGCUGGGACUCUCUGCCUUCUGGGACAAGGCUGCUGGCGAUGUGGACCAGUUCCACCUCCAGCUCUACAGCAAGAGCCAUCCAGCGCAGAGGAACAUCUCAGUGGGGCCAAACACCCACAACUUUACGUUCCUGGGGCUGUCCCCUGGCAUUCAGUACUUCCUGAAGGUGACUGUCCUUGCUGGCCCAUACAGAUCCUCGUCACACUUUGCCACCGAGUGGACAUAUCCACUGUCUCUGGCUAACGUGAGUGUACAGCCUGGCCGGAGACCCCAGGAGCUACAUGUGAGCUGGGUGGAGUCAGGCGGUGGCAGAGACCACUUGGUACAGCUCUCGGUGGCUGAGUCCCUGUCCAUCAUCAGGAAUGUGUCCGUCCCCCGUGGAGUCACCCAGCUUGACCUGGAGGGGCUGGUGCCAGGGUCCCGAUACCGUGUGGAGAUAAUUUCUCAGGCUGGGCCUCAUCGCAUCUCCUCUCAGACUGCCAUUGGCUACACUGUCCCACUACCUCCUCUUUCCCUGUCGGCAAGCCCUGUCAGCACUGCCUGGGCUCUGACUGUGCACUGGGAAACUCCUCCUGGGCAGAGGGAUAGGUAUCUGCUUAGUGUGAAAGAGGAGGGCUCUUCUGCACCAAAAAGGAACCUGGAAGCAGGGAAGGACAGCACCAAUGUCACCCUGGCACAGCUGGAACCAGGAACUUGCUACCUUGUUGGGAUCUGGGCAGUAGCCGGACCCUAUCACUCCCUCCCCAAGAACAUCACUGGCUGCACAGUUCCUGCUGCUCCGACAAACCUGAUCCUUACUAACCCAGGCAGCUCCUCAGAGCUUUACAUGUGCUGGAACAAGCCCCCCGGCAGGAGGGACCACUACCGUGUUAUUCUGUAUAGCCUCAGCAACCAGGGCAGGGAUCGGGUCCAGACCUUGAGUCCAGAUGCCCAGAACAUCACCUGGACUCACUUGGAGGCAGGCAGCAGGUUUGCUGUGCAGGUCACUGCUGUGAAAGGUUCAUUUGAAGCCUCUUCCACCAAUGUCACCCAAUGGACAUAUCCCUUGGCCCCUGCCAACCUCACCCUGGGCAGCCCCUCUGCAUCCACGCUGCAGGCCUCCUGGGCAGCAAUGGGGCAAGGAGCAGAAGGCUACGUAGUGGAUGUCUAUGACACAGCCUCCAGCAGUCAUGUUGGGCACAUGGUACUGGGUGGGGAUGCCAGGAGUCACAUCUUUAGGAACCUGAGCCCUGGCACCCACUACAGUGUGGCAGUGAGUGCCACAGCUGGGCCCUUCCACACCAGCACCCCCAACCUCACCCACUGCACACGCCCGCUGCCCCCGGCUGCUGUGCACUGGCUGAGCAUGGGGCAUCCUGACAGGCUGAGCACAUCCUGGGGAGCCACAGCUGGGCGGCGAGAUGGCUACACACUGACGCUGUACCAUGCACAGCUGGGCUCCAUAGCAGCUACAGCCUCACUCAGGAGAGACACCCACAACUUUACCUUCAUGGGCCUAACCCCAGGAUACGAGUACUCCCUGGAGGCCAGUGCCACAGCUGGACCAUACCAGGCAGCGGCACCCAACAUCAGUGGCUGGACACGCCCACUGCCCCCAGCUGCUGUGCGCUUGCUGAGCACGGGGCACCCCGACAGGCUGAGCGCGUCCUGGGGAGCAGCAGCCGGGGGCCGAGACGGCUAUGCACUGACCCUGUACCAUGCACAGCUGGGCACUGUGGCAGCUACGACCUUGCUUGGGAGAGACACCCACAACUUCACCUUUAUGGGACUGGCCCCAGGAAGCAAGUAUGUGCUAGAGGUGGUGUCCACGGCUGGGCCCUACCAGACACCUGCAGGGAAUGUCAGCAACUGGACGUGUAUUGUGGCAGCCAAUGUAUCUGUUGGGAAAGGCACCAGCAAAUUCACCUUUUCUGGCCUGGCUCCAGGACACAAAUACCUGCUGGAAGUGGUGUCCAUGGCAGGGCCCUACGCAGCCUCCGCGGGGAAUAUCAGCGACUGGACAACCCCCUCAGUUCCCAAAAAUCUCUCUGCGGUGGCUGAAGGGAACAACACGAUGCUCAUCUCCUGGGGCAGCGUCUCUGGAGAGCAGGACGAAUGCCAGCUAUGGCUGCGGGAUCCCAGGAACAGCACGCUGCCCUGGCGGCAGGCCCUCGACAGAGGGCAAGUCCAGCACCUCCUCCAGGGGCUGAUCCCAGGGAGGAACUACUCUGUCUCCUUGAGCUGCGUGGCUGGGCCCUACUGGAGCAGCACCAAACCCUUGGCAGUGCCAAUGGAGCCAAACCCGGUGGAGGAUGUGCAAUGCCUACCAGAGUCAAGAAGCCUUUACUUGAACUGGACCAGCUCUCCUGGAGAUGUGGAGGCUUAUGAGGUGGUGGCAGAGAGACUCUCUGAUGGACCUUCCACCUCCAAGUAUGUCGUGAGCAUCCCUACGAGUGAGGCCAGUCUGCAGGGGCUGGGGCCAAACUCAUCCUACCGAAUCUUUGUGAGCACAGUGGGCAUGAACACAAUGAGAAGCCAGGCUGUGACUCUGCUCUGCAACACAACAGUGGAGGCCCUGCCUCCACCCCUGCGAGCAGACAUCUUCCAGGUGGAGGCCAGCUCCACAGUUAUCAUUUCAUCUGACCUGUUCAGCGAGGAGAACGGCCAGAUCGAGUAUUACGGUGUCAUUGCUACCACUAAUGAUUCAUUGCUGAGGCCCACCCAGGAAAUCAUGUCCAGCACAUGGUAUGACCACUAUUAUGGGACAGAGGACUCCUACCUGGCUGUGCUAAUCCCCAAUCCCUUCCAUCCGAGCCCCAGGAGCUCCCCUGAAACCUGGCGAGUGUCAGUGGGAACAGAGGAGUGCGGCCAGUCCAGGGCAACAUGCAACGGGAAGCUGAAAGCCAACGAACAGUACAGGUUCAGCAUCGCUGCCUUCACCAAAUAUGACCCAGUAGCCCCUGCAGUGACAUUCACCAUGUUCUCAGCUAUUUUUGCUUUGGUCUACUGGAAACAGCUCAGAGCAAAGAGAACCAAGAAAAGCAGCCUGCCCCAGGAAAUGGUGACCUACAGCUUGAGGAACAUAUGUCGGCCAAUUCCCAUACAGAACUUCAAGCAGUACUAUGAGAUGAAGACAGCAAGUGGUAACCAUGCUUUUUUCCAGGAGUUUGAGGAGCUGAAGGAAGUUGGGAAGGAGCAGCCAAAGGUGGAGGCUGAGCUACCAGCAAAUGUCUCCAAGAACAGAUAUCCCCAUGUGCUGCCCUAUGAUCACUCUCGGGUCAAGCUGAGCCAGCUGGGGGAGGAUCCACACUCAGACUACAUCAAUGCCAACUUCAUGCCUGGCUAUACAUCCCAGCAGGAGUUCAUUGCCACCCAGGGGCCCCUGAAGAAAACAAUAGAGGACUUCUGGAGGCUGGUGUGGGAGCAGAACGUCUGCAACAUCAUCAUGCUGACAGUGUGCAUGGAGAAUGGGCGGGUCCUCUGUGAUCAUUACUGGCCAUCCGAAUCUGCCCCAGUCUCCUACGGGGAGGUCCGGGUCCACCUGCUAACACAGAGCAGCUCCGAGGAGUGGACCAUGCGCGAGUUCAAACUGUGGCACGAGGGUCUCCGGGCAGAGCGGCAUGUGUCCCACCUGCACUACACAGCGUGGCCCGACCACGGGAUCCCUGAGUCUACUACUUCCAUUAUGACCUUCAGAGAGCUGGUCCGGGAGCACAUCCAGAGCACCAAGGAUGCAGGGCCGACCCUUGUGCACUGCAGCACCGGGGUAGGCCGCACUGGCACCUUCAUUGCCCUGGACCGGCUGCUGCAGCAGAUGAAGCAGGAGAAAGUGGUGGACACAUUUGGUGUUGUUUAUGCCUUGCGGAUGAACCGUUACCAGAUGAUUCAGACGCUGUCCCAGUAUAUUUUUCUGCACAGCUGUAUACUGGACAAGAUCUUGGAGGAACCACUCCUGGGUUUAUCAAGGACGGAGAGGUCCUGUCCCAUCCCGCUGAAAAGCUUUGCUCAGCACUAUGCCCAGAAGGCGGCCAAGUCCCAUGUGGGCUUCCUGAGAGAGUACGAGACCCUCCUAGAGGUUGUCAAGGAGGAAGCCAGCUCUGCAACACCAUCUUCAGGCAGCCAGCAGACACGGCCCUCUUCUGGCAUCCUCCCGUAUGAUCGCUCCAGAGUGAAAUUUUCCCUGCUGGAACAGGGCCCUUUCUCAGGUCUCCUACAGGUGUGGCGUGUCCCGGGCUGCAGCUCCAGCAGGGAGUAUCUGGCUGUCCAGGGGCCUGACAAGUUGACCAUGGAGGACUUCUGGACCCUGGUGUGGGAACAGGACAUUCACACCAUCCUAACACUUCUCCCACGGCAGGAGAAGGGGGAGGUCCCAAGUGAGGCGUGCUGGCCCCUGGAAGGAGACUCUCUCUGCACAAAGAUGCUGACCAUCCAGUGUGGCACAGAGAAGCUUGUCUCUGGAUGGAGGUGUAUCCAGCUCAAAAUGAAACACGAGAAGAAAGCAAAGGAGAGGCAGGUACAAUGGUUCCUAUACACGCUCUGGAGCAGCAAGAAGCAGCCAGAUGUCCAGAGCCUGGUGGAGCUCCUCACUGCUGUCAGACGCUGCAUGCCCCACCGGAAGAGAGCCAGUCCUCUCCUGCUGCACUGCAGUGGUGGUGUGAGCCAAAUGGGGAUGCUGAUCUCCCUGGAUUGCCUGUUGCACCAGAUGAAAGCUGAGAGAAUUGUGGAUGUCUAUGGGGUGACCCUCCAGAUGACAAGAAGCUGCUGUCUCAUGACCCCGACUCUGGACCAGUACAUGUUCCUGUACACCUGUAUCCGGGACAUCAUCGCUCAGAAACAGCCCUAACACCGCUCGGCACUUCCUGGCACUAUCCUGACCUCC